CAUUCGACGAAUUUUGUAGUAACAACUUUCCUCUCUGCCUCAAAUUUGUUCCGAGUUGAUUUCGUAACCCCGUGACAUUAAAUUGUAGACGAUAUCAGACUAAUAUUAAUGUCUGGCAAGAAACGAUGGAAACGAGGAGUUGGUAAAGUUCAGUUGAUAAAAAGUUUCCAAUAUGGCACGAACAAGAAAAGCAUCAAAACACAUCUUUUUGAUACCGGAGUUUGCAGCUAUAGAAGGGAUACAAAUAUUUUUCAAAUUAUAAUGCAUCCAGAAAAGAUAGACACACCAGCAAAACCUGCUCUUUUACUGGCUGCCCCGCCUGUACCUAAUGCUCCGCCUGCACCUAAAGCACCACCUGCACCUAAAGCACCGCCAGCACCUAAAGCUCCGCCAGCCCCUGAUACUCCACAUGCACCCAAAUCUCCUAUACUUCAAAUGGCUUCAUAUUUGAAAUUUCCAGCUAAACCUCCAAGAAUCAAAGAUACCAAAAAACUGACAAAAAUUCAUUGGAAGGAGCUUACCAAGGACAGAAAUGCCACAUGCAAGAUUAAUCAAAGAUUCAAGACAUUUCCAGUAGGAGUAAUGGAGGUUCAUGAACAAUUUUGGACAUCAUUGCCUCAAGUUGACAUAAAGAAGCAUGAGACUUUUCUUUCAGCGAGUUUUGCAUCUGAACCCACCCGGAAUGUCAGCAAGGAAACUGACAUUCCUCCUCUUAAGAAGAAUGAUACCAUCACAAUUUUAAAUUCCAAUGACCAAACAGCUAUAGGCAUAAUGACAAAAAAAAUGGAUGAUACCACGCCAAAAAAGAUACAAGAAUGGAUAUCAAAAUGCCCAUUAACUAAUUUUGUUAAGAAAAUGGGAGACAAGCUCGAAUUGCUUGUACAGAUGGUAAAAAUUGCAGAGAGUGACACGGAAGGAAGGAACUACAUGCCACAGCUACUGGACAAAGAACUUGACUCAUCUAAAUUGAGUUCCGAGGAAGAUAGGUAUAUGUAUCAGCUACACCAGAUACCUAAUUUUACCACAUACAUGCAGAUCGUCAGAUUGUACCAAGAACUAGUGAUUGAAAAGGAGGAAAAAUAUGUGACUUAUCUCAAAAAUGUGGCUACGGCAUGUGCAGAAAUAAGAAACUCAGAUACUUUCAAAGAGCUUAUGUCGUGCAUCAUGCAAGUGGGCAUGUUCCUCAACUCACAGACAGAUUUUCUAGGCUUUGACAUCAGCCCAACAUGUCUUAAAUACAUAAUGGAUUUCAGAGACAAAACUGAGAAAUCUGCAUCAAUCGGACUACAUUCUUUAAAUCUACUCCAGCAGGAAAAUCCGAGCAAAAACCAUGCAAAAUUUUUAAAGUUGGAGAUGAAAACAGUAUUUGAAUUAGGUAAACCAAAUACAUUAAAAGCAAGUGAUGUUCAAAAUGAUUUGAUGAAGUGGAAUAGACAAACAAAAAACAUCACGGAAAACAUAGGCACUAUCGGUAUCAACAGUCAUUCGGUCAUCUCAACGAAAAUUCUUAAAAAUGCCAUUGGUGUCAUCGCUAAGACACUGUCAACCAUUCAGGAGACAAGCGAAAAAGUUGCCAAUGUUUUCUUUGAGACUAUGAUCUAUAUGGGGCUUAACCCAGUCAAAUAUGAAAUUGAAAAACCCGAAAAACCAAAGUCGCCAUCGAGUGACCUCUUUUCGCCAAUCAGUGAUUUUGUUGAGCACGUUUUAAAGGAGAAAGAAAAACAGGCGAAGGAGCAGAAGAAGAAAGCGGUAAUUGAGAGAAAACUGAAAACUAAACAGAAAAUUGUAAAAAUAAAGGUUGGUCAAAAGGAAAUCAAAUCCUUUUUCAAAAGCAGAAAGAGCACUGUCAGGCUGCAACCGAAAAAAAACACUUGGAGUUUUAGAUGAGGUCGUUUCCUUCAACAAGUUCAAUUUACGUCAUAGAGGAGAAACAGGAGAUGUAGAAACAGAUGGAGGAUUAAGUGACUCCCAGGAGAGUAGAAGGAGAUACGUGAGGAGAGUCAAGAUGAUCAAAAAGACAAUGCAGUUCACAUACUUUAGGGAAACUGGGUGGGUUAGAAUAACAAGGCAAUUCUCGUAUUACAGAAUCCUAUUUGGAUCAAAGGACUUCCAAGAAGUUAAAGGACUCUAGAGAAAUGAAACAUCAAUACGCGAUGAUGUAAAUAAUUGUCACACACCCAACCAAUAACCAUGGGCACAGAGAUGAAAUUAUUUUAUGUACAAUUAUUUUUAUGUAAUCUUUAUAUUUUGAUUGAGUGAACGAUGUGAAUUAUCAUUAAUUAUCAAAUUCUGUUUUUGACACUGCACUAUUACCUUUUCUAUUUCGUUUGUUGUUGUUAUGAUUAUGUGAGUGAUUAAUUUAACCUUUUCUUGUUGU